UUACAUUUCAUCAGACAAUCACAUAAGGAUUGUUUACAUGUGACCAUGUAUUGUAAACAUGCGAAAAUAUAAUUAAUUUCGGCCCAGUUGCACAAGAGAGAACACGAAGCUUAUUAUGACAUUUGGCCCGCGUGCGAGAUCUAAUUUAUUAUGACAACUAAGAUGGGCCGUUCUGAAUUGGCCCAACUUGGGCCUGCCACCACAGCUGUGCCACGAUGCGCACCGUACCGCCCGAUCCUCUGGACGGCACAGAUCAACCCCCGAAUCACAAAACCAGAUCCGGUCGAAACCCUACGCAAAAUAUCCCCCAAUUAUCGCCGACAAUCACGGAAAGGAAGGAGAUAGCGGCGGCUGACGGCGCCGAAAUCCAUGCCGCUGCAGCGGGCAAUUUGGGACGCUCGUCGGCGAUGUCGCGUCCGGCGGCGCUCUACCUUGCUCUGCUCGUUGAGGAUGUGCGGGCCGCCGUCCUUGAAGGCAGGCGUUCUGGCCACGGUGAUGGGGGCUGCGUGUGCUGUCGGCCGUGAUGGCAGGCGCGGUGGUGGGGAAAUGGUGGGUGAGCGUGAUACGGUGACGGCGGGUCGGGAGACGGCGUCUGCGCGUAAGACGGAGGCUGAGCUGCCUCCGUGUGCUGGAGCUUGCUCCCACGGCAUGGAGAGGAGCUGCAGCCCGCACAUCGCAAGGGGAUGGAGGCCCCCCUCUCCCGGUCCAUCCAGCUGCUGAUUUUAUGUGGUCUGGACGAUGAGGAUGGCGUGAAAGACGGCAGUUCCACUCCGAGUAUGUUUGAUGCGAGCACACAAAACCUUUGCCGUUGCGUCCCAACCUCUACUGUAUAUGUGUAGGUUCUCUAUUUCGUUGAACCUUACAUGCCUGCAAUUGGUCAGCAUUGAGAAAGAGAACAAUAAUGUAGAUUAUACUUAUGCAAACAGCUAACAGCAGGAAUGAAACUAAUGUUGCCUGUUGAUCGGAGGGGGAGAGCCAACGGGAGCGGGAACGAAGUUCACAGGUGGUGGUGCCAUGAUCCUCUUUGAGCCAGGACGGCCCAUCUUUGCCAAGACCCGAUUUCUGCUCUACACGACUCAUGGUCAGAACGCUGCAUGACUUUUAUAGCAUGGCAUUAGAGAUAUGGCGGGAAGAGAAGCGCUCCUCAUUUUGUAUUGGCGCCAACUAAAAAGACAUAAUUUGGCUGAUACGACUUUUUCAAUAUCAAUUGGCGCCAGCUAAACCAUGGUGAUAGUCAAAGAAGGAAAAAUAUUGACCACAGUAUCAAUGAAAGAAGGAGGAGAGAUUGAUCACCGUUUGUUUGAAAGAAGGAAGGCCAUUUUUAAGAACCCGUUCAGGAGGGGUGACAACCUCCUUGUUAUGUGCGACUGCUACACACCACAAGGUGUUCCAAUCCCCACCAACAAGAGGCACAAUGCUGCCAAGAUCUUCAACACCUCGAAGGUUGCAGCUGAGGAGAGAUGGUAUGGAAUUGAGCAGGAGUACACUCUCCUCCAGAAGGAUGUGAACUGGCCCCUUGGCUGGCCCGUUGGUGGCUACCCUGGUCCUCAGUGUUUUUGUUAUGCAGGUUGGAAGAAAAGAAGAAGAUCCAGAGAAGAUCUUAGUAAUAAGACAGUUUUUAGGAAAAUAGAUAUUUAGUUUUAGGUCAUUUCUUGUAAUUUCAGA